CCCUCUUUUCUAGGAGGUGUGAUUGCCUAUAUCAGUUCUUCCAGCUCAGCCUCUAGUCCUGCCUCUUGUCACAGUGAGGGUUCUGAGAAUAGUUUCCAGUCCUCCUCCUCUUCUUCAGUUCCAUCUUCUCCAAAUAGCUCUAAUUCUGAUAACAAUGGCAAUCCCAAAAAUGGUGAUGUCUCUAACAUAGAAGGCAUCUUGAAAAAUGAUCGAAUAGAUUGUUCUAUGAAAACAAGCAAAUCGAGUGCACCUGGGAUGACCAAGAGUCAUAGUGGAGUGACAAAGUUUAGUGGCAUGGUUCUACUGUGUAAAGUCUGUGGGGAUGUGGCAUCAGGAUUCCACUAUGGAGUUCAUGCUUGUGAAGGCUGUAAGGGUUUCUUUCGGAGAAGCAUUCAGCAAAACAUACAAUACAAGAAGUGCCUGAAGAAUGAAAACUGUUCUAUAAUGAGAAUGAAUAGGAACAGAUGUCAGCAGUGUCGCUUCAAAAAGUGUCUGUCUGUUGGAAUGUCGAGAGAUGCUGUUCGGUUUGGUCGUAUUCCUAAACGUGAAAAACAGAGGAUGCUAAUUGAAAUGCAAAGUGCAAUGAAGACCAUGAUGAACAGCCAGUUCAGUGGUCAUUUGCAGAAUGACACAUUAAUAGAACAUCAUGAACAAACAGCCUUACCAGCCCAGGAACAGCUGAGACCCAAGCCCCAGCUGGAGCAAGAAAAUAUCAAAAGUUCUCCUUCGUCUUCUGAUUUUGCAAAGGAAGAAGUGAUUGGCAUGGUGACCAGAGCACACAAGGAUACCUUUAUGUACAAUCAAGAGCAGCAAGAAAACUCAGCAGAGACCAUCCAGCCCCAGAGGGAACGGAUUCCCAAGAACCUGGAGCAGUAUAAUUUAAAUCAUGACCAUUGUGGCAGCGGGCUUAGCAGCCAUUUUCCCUGUAGUGAGAGCCAGCAGCAUCUCAAUGGACAGUACAAAGGGAGAAACAUAAUGCAUUACCCAAAUGGGCAUGCCAUUUGUAUUGCAAAUGGACACUGUAUGAACUUCUCAAAUGCUUAUACUCAAAGAGUAUGUGAUAGAGUUUCCAUAGAUGGAUUUUCUCAGAAUGAGAACAAGAAUAGCUACCUGUGCAACACUGGAGGGAGAAUGCAUCUGGUCUGUCCAAUGAGUAAGUCUCCAUAUGUGGAUCCUCAUAAAUCAGGACAUGAAAUCUGGGAAGAAUUUUCAAUGAGUUUCACCCCAGCUGUGAAAGAAGUGGUGGAAUUUGCAAAACGUAUUCCUGGGUUCAGAGAUCUUUCUCAGCAUGACCAGGUCAACCUUUUAAAGGCUGGGACUUUUGAGGUUUUAAUGGUACGGUUUGCAUCAUUAUUUGAUGCAAAAGAGCGUACAGUCACCUUUUUAAGUGGAAAGAAGUAUAGUGUGGAUGAUUUACACUCAAUGGGAGCAGGGGAUCUGCUUAACUCUAUGUUUGAAUUUAGUGAGAAGCUAAAUGCCCUCCAACUUAGUGAUGAAGAGAUGAGUUUGUUUACAGCGGUUGUCCUGGUAUCUGCAGAUCGAUCUGGAAUAGAAAACGUCAAUUCUGUGGAAGCUUUGCAGGAAACCCUUAUUCGUGCACUAAGGACCUUAAUAAUGAAAAAUCAUCCAAACGAGGCCUCUAUUUUUACAAAACUUCUUCUAAAGUUGCCAGAUCUUCGAUCUUUAAAUAACAUGCACUCUGAGGAGCUCUUGGCCUUUAAAGUUCACCCCUAAGGCCUUUGUUAUUUAAAUACGAACUGACUCAUGCUAACUGUACAUUUUGUGCUGUAAUGCUUAUUUAUAUGUGUAUACUAUAUGUGGAGAUAGAAAUGAUCUUUAAGACAAUACAGAUUGUAGGCUAUCUCUGUUAUCAUGCAGUAGCUGUUUGGAUUGAGAUUUCUUCAGCCAUGAUUAGAUAUUGACCACAUUUCCCUGACAGACCAAUCAGCUGUGUCGCACUUAAACUGGAGAAGUUACACUGAAAUAUAUAAUCACACUGAAUGUCAGACUUUUUCAUCUGCCAAAGCCAAAAAACAUUUUGAUCUCCCUGUGGUAUAGAAACAGUGCACAAUCACAGGUGUUUGAAGAUUGAAACAUUAAUCCUUUGUGGUAGAAAUUCUAUUAUAUCGUGAAAAUUUGAUUUCACAAGAAUAUUUGAUCCAGUAAUUGGAGACUUUUCAAGUUAGGAGACUUCCAUGUCUGUAUUUUACUCUGUCUCUUUUAAAGUGUAUGAUCCUGGGCAGGUUAGUUGGUUAUGGAAAAUGAGACUUAAUAGUGUUCCCAAUGCCCCACCUCACAGAGAUGUUAAAAAAUGUCUAUAGAGCAUACUUACCUCUUGGGAGAUAGGCACUAUGUAAAUACAGUAAUGUUUUUGUUAUUAUAAUUAUCCAUAAUAAUAUUCUUUGUUAUUUCUAAGCAUUUCUGAAAAGUUUCACUGUCCACACCAAUCUAUUAUUCAGGGUUCCUGCAUAUGUGUGGGGUGUCCUACUGGCACACAUAUAUUCAAAGUUUAUGGGUACAUCAAAUACAUAGUAUGUGUACAUAAUAUAUGUGAAUAUAGCUAUACAUAAAUAUAUUUCUUCACAAUAUUUUAAACUGUGAAGAACUUUAUCACAAUAAACUUAAAACAAGAGGUGUCAAAAGACCCAAAUUAGGUGCAUUUUACCUGUUGAUGACAUAAUCAUUGCUUAACUGUUUAGACAGUAGAAUAUUGAAUUUAUGCUCUAUUUUUGUUUAUUUAAACAAUACUUACUGUAAAAAUGUAACAGCAGUUGAGUCCAAAUUUCAAAACACAUGUAUUUUAGAAUUCAUCUUUGGUAAAAUCUUCAGUUCAAGGUACUAGAUGUUUAAAAGUUAUUCAGAUUCUUACCUUGUGCUGACAAAGGUUACAAUAUUGCCCCUUAUACACAUGCUGCAGCUUGAUGAUGAAGAAUUUUGAAGAACCAAUCAAUGUUUAAGCAAACUGUUUAAUAUGUUGGUGUGCGUGCGUGUGUGCAUGUGUGUGUGUGUGAGAGAGAAUGGAUGCACAAAUGUGUUCUGAGUCUCCUUUUCUUCCCCCUAAAUGACACUACAGGGAUAUUCUUAAAUUAGAUUUAAUCUAUAGUUUGAAAAAUCAUUUUGUGUGUGACGACCUACAGGCUUGCAAAUAGUAUAGUCAAAGAUAACUUAUCCAUACUUCUAAUAUUGGGCUUAGUAGAUAGAUCAGCCUCUUUUUAUGACAGUAGGAGAAAUAGCCAAAGUUGGGAAUUUUAUGUAUGUUUCUGUUUCCCUGGAAAAUAGCAACUAAUUGGAUUUUUUUUUGUUGAAGAUUGUCUUCUAAUUUUUGAAUUAUAUAAAAUUACAAAAAUGAAAAGAGCCCACUUUCUUAUACUCAGCUUGUUAUUUUAAUGAUGUGAGCAGAAUGCCUUAUUUUGUAAUCUUGUUUAACUUGUUGCUACUGGGACUUGAAUCUCUGUGGCACUAGUUAAGUCAUUAAAAAAAAGUUAAACCCUCUCAUUAUUAAAGAGGAAAGGUGAUGGCGAUGUCUGUAAUACAAUAUAAAACCGUAAUUGUGGUUUACCUUAAAUAGGUAAGACUUCUAUGGGAUAUACAGUAUAGUUUUUGUGAAUUCUUUACAUGAUAGCAUUAUCUUUUUAUAAUUUUUUCCCCUAAGAUAAAUGCAUAGUUUUCUUCUAUGGGAAUAGAAACAGCGUUUUGAAGUAAUAUGAAGACCUCAGAGAUCAUGUUGAUUCUUAAUUUUUGCCUUUUGCAUAAGCCUCUUUAUAACAUGUUACCUUUAAAACAAUUACUAAGUCUUUAGGAAUGUGUAACCAGAACUAUGUUAGAAUUGCUUAUAAAACUUUAGUUAGGUUCAGUAUAUACACGUAUACAUCUAUAUAUAGGCAUAUAGAUUCGCAUUUGUCUUGUAAAAUUUUAUUUGAAUGAAUUCUUCCUGUAGGUAAUGGGAAACAAAAUUAAUAGUCCUUAUGCCAUCAGUAGCAUUUCUAUCUUUGAAAAUAGCCCAAUGUUGAAUCUUCUAAUUCUAAAAUUAAACCAGCAGCCUACUACAAGCACAUUCUUUGGUUGAGUCAUUGGUUAUAAACUUAGUAUAUGCAAAGAAGGCUACCAGUUUAGGAAACUUCUGAGUCAGUGGGACACUGUUGAUGAAUUAAUAAUGUACUGUAUGAAUUAAGUGAUGCUUUAACUGAUUUUACAUUUUAAAGUCAAAAUACGGGCAUUGUGUCAGCAAACUUACGGGCAUUAUGUCAGCAAGCUAAAACAUUUUUUCCCUUGUGCUUUUAUUGUGUCUCUUUACAUGAUCUGAGAAAGGAUUCAGGCUUUUAGAGAGAAAUAGCUGAGGGAAAGGGAAACAUCUGCUUGGGAUGAAGCUUUUCCUUAGGGUGAUGGUUUAAUUACAGAUUUAAAAAUUUAAAGGAAAUGUCAGUGGACUAAUUGUAUAGCUUUCAUAUCUACAUUUCAAGAAAUUACCAUUGUACUUGGUAAGAUAUGAUUUAUGUAAACAUCAUUGCAAAGCAAGGUGUAGAAGCUCAGCUAGAUUUAUUACUGUGCACGAGAGUAAGUACCUAUCUCAAUUAUUUUUUUCCUUUUCAAUAUAAAGUUUGCUGAAUGUACAAGAAGAGUUUAUCACUUAGGAUAUAGAUUUUUUUUUUAGGGGUUGGGGGGAGGGUCUCUGUCAGGAAAUUGUUACCUAUAAACAAAGGUUGUCUUGAGUUGAUCCAAAACAUAAAACUUGAAGCUGUUCUUGAACUAACUUGGAAAAACUUAAAUGGCUAUUGUUUUAAAAAAAAUGAUAGAAAUAUAUUGUUGACAGGAAAUAAUUAAGCUUAUUUUCUACAAACUGAUGAGGACAUGGAUACAUCUUCAUGUGUCUGAGAAGUGAUCUGUACAUGGGAAGGGGUAAUAAAUGUUAUUUCUAACCAAAUACGGUUUUUGGUCUCCUUCCGUUUCGACGUUUUUAUGGACCACUUAAAAUUUAACUUGCUGCUUUCCCCUGAGCUCACAGCAUCUCCUAUGUAAAUCUCUGUUUCAGCAUGGGGGAAC